AUGCCGUUGACAUCGAGGAAGAAGACCUCUUCGAUUAAACCGGCUAACAAAGCCGCCACAGACUCCGCUCAGUCCUCCUCCAGCGAAGGCCCUUCCACAGGGACCACGGGAAAGACAAACAACAAAUCGCACAAGAGAUCUCGCUCUGGCUGUUUUACCUGCCGCCUCCGCCGAAAGAAGUGUGAUGAGCAACAUCCAUCCUGUGGUGCCUGCAUUAACCUUUGUGUGAAAUGCGAGUAUAAGCGCCCUAUUUGGUGGGGUAACCCAGAGCACAGACGAGUGCAGAAGGAGCGCAUCAAGAACAAGAUUAAGCAGACGAAGAUGAAUGAACGCAAUGGAACCCUUACUGAUCAAUCUGGCCGCAGCCGCAGCUUGGCUAUGACAUCGCCGACAACUCCUGAAAUUGAAUUUAACCGUCCCGUCUUUGCGGAACAACAGGACAUCUUCGCUUCUCAUCUGCCAACACCAGCCAUGACCCAGCCCAUAUACGAACCCCACCCAGGAUUCGAGAUUGACGUCAAGACAGAAAGACAUACAUUUGUCAAUGAUGUUCCUCUGCGACAUGACUCCAUGAGCUCAACGUUCAGUACCUUUGCUCCACCCCAAUUAAACGCACCGCUACCAACGUUCCCCCAAGAAGAGUGGUUUCCCGACGAGUACUUCCCACAGGCCCCGGCACUCCCUGGUAUCGACCCGGCACUUUGUGACCAGAGAAUUCAGCAGACCUACGCCAUCUUGCAGUCGAAUAUCCCUGUAAGCGACCACGACCGUCCUCUGCUCGACCAUUUCAUCAACAACGUCUUGCGCAUUAUUUUUCCCGUAUUAGAGGCACAUCAGCGCGGGCACUUACGAGCACAAGCUAUCCUGCAAGCCUUGGAGACCAACAAAACCUAUCUUCACUGCUGCCUCAGUGUGGCCGCUAUCCAUCUCAAAACAACGGAAGGGUUAGUUGGGGAACAGAUCGACCACGACAUCAUGCGACACCGCUUUGAAGCUGUUUCCCAAUUGUGUCUUGCGCUGGGUGAAGACACCAAGCACGAGGAGAUCCUGGAUGCGACAUUAGCCAUGAUCUUCUUCCAUUGCUCUGUGGGUCCUGCGGAUGACUACCUUCCGGAUAUCCCCUGGUACGAUCACUUCCAAGCGGCUUCGAACUUGGUGAGCCGGCUCGGUCUUUCGACUACAAUCCCCCCAUGUGGUAACCCAUACAUGCUUCCCCCCUUCAGCAUGACACUGACAUCGUGGAUUGAUAUUCUUGGCUCCGCUAUGCAUGGCAGAACUCCCGAGUUUGCUCACACUUACCGCUCCAAGCACUUGAGUGGCACGUCUUUGGGAUUACGGGAGCUGAUGGGUUGCGACGACCGUGUGAUGUACCUGAUCUCCGAGAUCGCGUGCCUCGAUGCGCUGAAGAAGGAAGGCCGAGUUGAUGCAAUGGCGGUUUGCUCCCACGUUUCGGCCUUGGGAAGACAAUUGGAAUUUACCGAACCCGCGGACCAGACGCUCGAGAGCCCCUAUACCCCGACCGGAGUCCUUCGCCCCGACAUCUUGACCAAGAACAUGACGGCAGUCUUCCGAAUCGCAGCGCGAAUUUACCUAUGCAGUCUGGUUCCUGGAUUCGACCGAAGCCAGCCAAGCAAUAUAAAUCUAGUCCAGGCAGUUGCGAACACCCUGCAGUAUAUCCCGGCUGGUCAGGAUGGAUACGAUCGCUCUCUAGUAUGGCCUCUCCUGGUCACCGGGGCUUUUUCCCAACCAAACAGCCAAUUUAGGACUAUUCUGGCUGACAGGUGUGCUAACCUGGGACACCAUGCCGACCUUGGAAGCUUUGGUCGUAUGUACCGUGUAUUGCAGGAAGUGUGGAGAGCUACCGAUGACCCUAUCGACACCUUUUGCCAAGUGGAAGAUACCCCUGUGGAAGCUUCUACAUCGAGCUCCAGCCAGCCCAUCAAGCUUGAGGCACCCGAGUCCCCCGAACAGAUCGGUGCCGACUGGGCUUUAAAAGACACCAAGAGACCACAAAUUCAUUGGCGCGAAGUCUUGCAGCAAAAUGGGUGGAACUACCUUCUGAUUUAA